CACGCCAAUAGAGCAAGCACUACUGGUUAAUGAAUUAAGCAUUAACCAGUGCAACUGAAUAUCUCUAGCCUGCCGGUUGGCAUAUACGAGCUGAUACGGGCAUACAUGGCUGCGAGCAAGCCUGCUGCUACCGCUGAUCCUGGCAAGCAGGAGAUGGGCGCCUUCGAGCCCUGCGUGUGGGGCGACUUCUUCGUCACCUACAACCCUCCCCUCUCACAGAGCUUGGAGAGGAGCAUGCGCGAGAGGGCGGAACAGCUCAAGGACCAAGUGCGCGGCCUGUUCGAGGACGGUGAGGACAGGAGCGUGGCUGAUGUGGUCACACUGGUGGAAACGCUCGAGCGACUCGGCAUCGACUACCACUUCCGCGGCGAGAUCGGCACCGCCUUACGGCGCAUCCUGAACGAGGAGCCCGAGCAUGGAACUACCUCCCCCCACGACCUCCACGUCGCCGCUCUUCGGUUUCGUCUACUUAGGCAGCAUGGCUUCUGGGUAUCUGCAGAUAUAUUUGACAAGUUCAAGGACGAGACUGGAAAUUUCAGCCCGAGCCUACGCAAUGACCCGGUGAGCCUGCUGAGCCUUUACAAUGCAGCGCAUAUGGCGACACCUAGCGAGGACACACUAAACGAUGUCAUCGUCUUCUCGAGGUACCACCUCGAGGUAUUGAGAAACAAGCUUAGGCCACCAAUGGCGGAACAAGUCUCACGUGCCCUCGACAUCCCUCUCCCACGGACAGUGGGGCGGCUGGAAACAAUGAACUACAUAAGGGAGUAUGAGCAGGUGGAGUUAAACAGCGGACCGCUGUUGGAGCUCUCCAAGCUUGAUUUCGAGCUGGUCAGGUCCCUUCACCUCAAGGAGCUCAAGGCUCUAUCUUUGUGGUGGAGAGAUCUUUACGACCAUGUAAAGCUAAGCUAUGCUCGGGAUCGUCUAGUGGAGAACUAUUUCUGGGCCUGCAGUGUGUUCCAUGAGGAGGAGAGCUCUCGCACACGACUGAUGUUUGUCAAGACGUUCGGUCUGCUAUCCCUGAUGGAUGACACCUACGGUGUCCACGCGACCCUGGAGGAAUGUUGUAAACUCAAUGAAGCUAUACAAAGAUGGGAUCGAAGCGCGGCAUCUAUUCUACCUGAAUAUCUGCAUACGUUUUACAUCAAAUUGCUGGAUAACAUCAAAGAGUUUGAGGACACUUUGGGACCACACGAGAAGUACCGUCUAUCUUACGCCGAGGAAGCGAUCAAGUCAUUGUCUGAAUAUUACCUCCAUGAGGCCAAAUGGUCCAACGAAAAGUAUGCCCCCAGCUCCAAGGAGCACCUAGAGGUGUCACACAUGUCGUUGGGAUUCCCCACACUGGCCAUAGUGAUGCUCAUGGGUGUGGACAACACAGCAACCAAGAAGGCGUUCGACUGGGCAGUCAAUGUCCCUAACAUUGUCCGCGCAAGCGGGCAGAUCACUCGCUUUCUCAAUGACAUCGCUUCUUACAAGAUGGGGAAGACCAACAACAAGGAUGUGGCCAACUCCGUGGAGUGCUACAUGAAGGAGCACCUCGUUGCGGGGGAGGAGGUUGUGGCAGUGAUCUCAGCGUUGGCUGAGGACACGUGGAGGAUGAUGAACCAGGCUUGUAUGGAGAUAGAACCAGCACUAUUGCCAGCGGCACAACUUGUGGUAAACUUGACAAAGAUGCUAGAAGUCAUAUACCUCGGUGGUAGGGAUGGCUACACAUUUGGUGGUGACCUCAAGAGCCUCAUCACCGGGCUCUUUCUCAAGCCAAUCGUUGUCGGUUAAAUUAUCACUCGUGCAGUUUGGUGGAUUGUUUAGAUUGUACUUUGGAUAGUUUUGAUGAUGUUUUCAACAAAAUGGAAGGGAACAAAUAAUAGGUCUCACGCGUGAUGGUGGUAUAUUUUCUGGCCAAGCAACCCGCAAGGCUAGAUGUCUACAGUGUUAGGUUGGAGACCUAAGUGAUGCUGGACAAAGAGUGUGAUUAUGAUCUACAGAAAUGAUUUGAGAUAGGGAAGUCAUAAGACAGCAUGAAUAACGCGUUCAUCAUUGCUCCAGUAAAGAAUGCUCAUGUCAAUACAUAAUCCUGACCCGUCCAUCUCUUUUUCCAGGGACGAGUGACGCGUGCAUCAUUAUUGGGCAAUCAGAAUUAGCAGGCAUUGUUGUGUGUGUUCAUCAUUUUUUUUUAGUUUUGAGGCAUGGAUAUACGGCUAAGUACUCAAGAAGUGUUGGGAAACCGGAGCCAUGUGUGGGUGUGACUGGAGGCCAAGUCGUGACGCAUCUCCUAGCCCCUCUAGUGCUCCACACCUGAUGUUAAGUGGGUACUCAUCCCUUCACCUCCUACCCCUAUAUAUUUAGAUGAAGAGCAAUCAUUGUACGUGAGUUCAUCACA